AUGUCACGCUCCUGUUCUCGCCUCGUGCAUCUUGGAUUUUGCUCUCUUCGCCAUAUUACACCGCUAGUUUUUCGGCCGCUCUCUGCUUUGGGUACAACAAGAGGAAUGUCGAACGAUAGUUUUCCUCACUUUGGAACGGCCGCAAUUCACGUUGGCCAAGAACCAGAGCAAUGGGAUAUGAAUCAGGUUGUGGCUCCUAUCUCACUCUCUACCACCUACAAACAAGACCGACCUGGGGAACCCAAAGGACACGAUUAUUCGAGGGCUGGCAAUCCUAGCAGAGAUGUACUACAAAAGUGUUUAGCAUCACUCGAGGAUGGUAAACAUUGUCAUGUGUUCGCAUCGGGAAUUGCUGCUUCAAUGGCAGUUAUCAAUAUGUUGAAAACAGGAGACCACAUAAUAUGUUCUGAUGAUGUGUAUGGUGGAACACAGCGCUUUAUUCGUCGGGUUUCUGUUCCCCAACAUGGAAUUCAGGCAGAUUUUGUCGAUAUGACUGAUAUAAGCAAGAUUAAGGCGGCUUUCAAGCCUAGCACCAAGUUAAUCUGGUUGGAAAGCCCAUCAAACCCUCUGAUGAAAGUUGUUGAUAUCGCUGCAGUUGUGCAUGCCGUAAAAGAUAAAAAUCCACAAGCAAUUGUGGUCGUCGAUAAUACCUUUAUGAGUCCUUACUUCCAGCGACCGCUGACAUUAGGAGCUGAUAUUGUUGUGCACUCAAUCACGAAGUAUAUUAAUGGACAUUCGGAUGUCGUCAUGGGUGCAGUCAUAACAGACAACGACGAUAUUCAACAACAUCUGUUCUUCCAGCAAAUGGCUGUUGGCGCUGUACCAUCUCCCUUUGAUUGUUUCCUUGUCAAUCGGGGGUUGAAGACGUUGCACGUUAGGAUGCGAACUCACUAUGAAAAUGCUCUUGCUAUAGCCAAAUAUCUUGAGGGUAACGAAAGGGUGGAGAAGGUUUUGUACCCUGCUCUUCCAUCACAUCCUCAACAUAAAGUACAUUUGAGCCAGACUAAAGGAAUGUCAGGAAUGAUGUCUUUCUACCUAAAAGGUGGACUUGAAGAAAGUCGUACGUUCCUUAGCAGCUUGAAGAUUUUCACACUCGCUGAAUCGCUUGGUGGAUAUGAAUCUCUUGCCGAAUUGCCAUCAAUUAUGACACACGCCUCUGUUCCUGCCGAGGAGCGAAAGAAGCUUAAAAUUACCGACAACCUUAUCCGGUUAUCCGUAGGGAUUGAAAAUUUGGAUGACCUCGUUGCUGAUUUGGAUCAGGCACUCAAAGCUGCUGUAAAAGUAUGAUAGCGCUUUUGAAGGUUUCCGUCAAACCGGUUUAAUCUGCCUUUGGCUUCCUCGUCGAGAUAUUUUAAUAGAGCUCUUGUCUACAUAGUAGUGUUUGUCAACUUUCAAACCAAUUAUUGUGAUUAUUUCGUCGACUCGUAUCUCAUAUGCUGCCCAUUAUAUCGUAUAUUUCACUGGAAUUCCUCGUGAUGUUUUCUCACGGAUAAAUCAGUUUUAUUUUGA